GAGGAGACCUGCCCGUGGUCGCGCGCAGCGAGCGACAACGUGGUCCGCUGCCGGGACCUCACGUCCUGCAGGGCGGAGCCGCUGCGCCAGACCUGCUGCGACGCGCGCGGCGGGAUCCUGCAGUGCCCCGAGAACUUCCCUCUUCUGUGCGGCGACGGCUACUGCAGCGACUUCGAGGAGCUCUGCCAGGGGCGCGGCGGCGUCAGGGAGUGCCCGGGCGCGGAGGAGUGCCCCUGGCUGCUGCCCGCCCCAAGCUCGAGGACCUACGCGUGCAAGGACGGGAGCUUCGCGAGGCGCAGCAUGUUCGGCCACCCCUGCCAGGGGGGCGGGGAGGGCGGCAUUCUCCGCUGCCCCCUCGACACGCCCGUCAUGUGUGCAAACAAGCGCUGUGGAGGGCGCUGGUGGACUACUGUUGCGUCAAGAAGGGCGCCGAUUGCGCCAAGAAGGACAUGGGCGGCAUUCGCGAAUGCGGUGUGCACAUCUCUGACCUGUACAACGAGAGCUGGCUUUUCAAUCAAGAGUUUCGACAACUUGGCUAGCCGGUCGACCGAUCCACUGGCCGCGCUGUCGUGGAUCUCGCGCCUGUGGCGCCUCCGCCCGGAGACGAUGCUUGGCGCAGCAUGCAAGCGAGACUUCGACAAAUGCUUGGCUCCAGGAGUUCCUGAAGCGCCCACGGGGCGCGACCGGCCUGGGGCGAGAGUUGGGUGCAUGUGAGGCCGGAUGGCUUCCCCUGGCGCGCGGCCCUUCUCUGCACGUGUAUGCAGCGCUCGGCCUCCAGGUGUUCCACAUGUGAACGCAGCCGCGGCUGUUGCCAGCCUCCUCGUGCAUGUACGUUCUGGAGCGUCCGUUCAGCGUCUCGCUCCGCCAGCUCUGGCCCACCGCGGCGGCGGAGGAGGAGCCGCAUACGGGCGCGGGCCGACGUUUCGACCGUUUUCAUAGAUGUUGACACACUGCGGUCGGCCUUUCGGAGGAUCGCGCCAGUUUUCGACCGAAGUCUGAGCAGACGCUUUUUUGGCCUAUGGCUGCUUCGCAGUCUCAGGGAGAGCGCGCGCGCCCUACCCGAGGCCUAGUGGCAACGUGGCCGCCGCAGAGCCACAAGUAGAGACACUUUUGAGUAGCUGGUAGCUCUUGCCGCAUGGGGCCUCCAGGCUCAGCUGGUUGCUUUCGGGCUGCAUGUCGUCGUGGCGCUUAUCCGUACCAAGCCGUACGCUGGCGCUCGAGACCGGAGACUGCAGGCCCAUACUGCCUACGUAUCGUGCCGUCUCCUCGUCCACCUCGUUAAUUAUCCUCCCCUCCUCCGUCGUCGUUCUGGCUCGAGCAACACCUGUUCAAGCGACUAAACCUAUCCCUCGAUGGGGUGCAGGCAGCCAGCACCACUGAUGGCUGCCCAGCCCGGCGUGAUCCAUCGUUCCGCGUGCCUGCAACUAUCCCUCGGAGCUUCCUGCUACCACGGGCGGCUUUCGCGGACAGCCUCGACACUCUCACACGCCGCGGCGGCGCGUGGACGCAGGUCGCUGCGCCGAGCGCGCGGGCUGGGUUCGCGCACGGAGGUUGCACUGGUCGGCCCCCGAGCUGGUGCGCCGCCGGGAGCUCCCCUCGACGCCCGCCGG